GAUGUCCUGGCGUCCGCAGUACCGCAGCUCCAAGUUCCGGAACGUCUACGGGAAGGUGGCCAACCGGGAGCACUGCUUCGAUGGGGUCCCCAUCACCAAGAACGUGCACGACAACCACUUCUGUGCCGUCAACGCCCGCUUCCUGGCCAUCGUCACGGAGAGCGCGGGAGGCGGCUCCUUCCUGGUCAUCCCCCUAGAGCAGACAGGCAGGAUCGAGCCCAACUACCCCAAGGUGUGUGGCCACCAGGGUAACGUGCUGGACGUCAAGUGGAACCCCUUCAUUGACAACAUCAUCGCCUCCUGCUCCGAGGACACGUCAGUACGGAUCUGGGAGAUCCCGGAGGGUGGCCUGAAGCGGAACAUGACCGUGGCGCGGCUGGAACUGCAUGGGCACAGCCGGCGUGUGGGGCUGGUGGAGUGGCACCCCACCACCAACAACAUCCUAUUCAGUGCUGGCUAUGACUACAAGGUUCUCAUCUGGAACCUGGAUGUGGGCGAGCCGGUGAAGAUGAUUGACUGCCACACGGAUGUGGUCCUGUGUAUGUCCUUCAACACGGACGGCAGCCUGCUCACCACCACAUGCAAGGACAAGAAGCUGCGUGUGAUCGAGCCCCGCUCUGGCCGCGUUCUGCAGGAAGCAAACUGCAAGAACCACAGGGUGAACAGAGUGGUCUUCCUAGGAAACAUGAAGCGGCUGCUCACCACAGGGGUCUCCAGGUGGAACACCAGACAGAUCGCCCUGUGGGACCAGGAGGACCUCUCCAUGCCGCUGAUUGAGGAGGAGAUCGAUGGGCUCUCCGGCCUCCUGUUCCCCUUCUAUGAUGCUGACACCCACAUGCUCUACCUUGCUGGAAAGGGCGAUGGGAACAUUCGCUACUACGAGCUCAGCACGGAGAAGCCCUAUCUGAGUUACCUCAUGGAGUUCCGCUCCCCAGCCCCCCAGAAAGGCCUAGGGGUCAUGCCCAAACACGGGCUGGAUGUGUCAGCCUGCGAGGUGUUCCGUUUCUACAAACUGGUGACUCUGAAGGGCCUGAUUGAGCCCAUCUCCAUGAUUGUGCCCAGGAGGUCGGAUUCCUACCAGGAAGACAUUUACCCCAUGACACCAGGCACGGAGCCAGCUUUGACCCCAGAUGAAUGGCUGGGAGGCAUGAACCGAGACCCUGUGUUGAUGUCUUUGAAAGAAGGUUACAAGAAGUCCUCAAAAGUGGUGUUCAAGGCUCCCAUCAGAGACAAGAAGAGCGUCGUGGUGAACGGAAUAGAUUUACUAGAGAAUGUCCCACCCAGGACAGAGAACGAGCUGCUCAGAAUGUUCUUCCGGCAGCAGGAUGAGAUCCGGCGGCUGAAAGAGGAGCUAGCCCAGAAAGACAUCCGCCUUCGGCAGCUCCAGCUAGAACUGAACAACCUGCGCAACAGCCCCAAGAACUGCUAGCCCCGCCCACCGCAGGACCGGCUAGCUCCCACCCCGCCCCACCUCCGGGAUGUGCCAGGGAACUGCUAGCCCCCUUUCUCCCCGGCCACACUCCAGGAACCGCUAGCCAUGCCUGGGCCUUGUGGAAGCCAUCUUGAUCUCCGUUGUUUCUACUCUUCCCUAACUGCCUCUUCUCCGGUGACCCCGGGGGACAGAGCCCCGGCUGGAACUGGGGGCCACCCUGAGCAUCUGCCUGCCACUGACCUCCUGAACUCAUACCAAUCCUGUCCCUGCUGGCAGCCCCACCCCCUCCUGCUACCCAGCAGUCAGACUCCUGGGGGGGACCUCCAUGGACAGGGAGCAGGACCCGGCUGGACUUAAGAUGUCAAACUUCUUCCCUGCAGAGGGGCUGCUAAGACCUGCUGCACUGGGCCUGUUGCUCAGCUCUUCCUGGGAGCAAAGGACAGACUGUGGGCUGGACUUCCCAGCCCCUUCCCACCUGCACCUGAGUCGCUCAAGGGCAGCGAGCAGCCCUGCUCCCCUCUGUCCGCUCCCCCUGCAGCCCCUCUCCCCUCCAUCCCCUGCCCUUGUCUUCAGGGAAGAA